CUUGACAUUGACAGCUCCGUCGAGAAAAUCCGUAACCUUUUUACUGCUCAAAAAUUGUCAUAACAAUUAAUUGUAACUUUUCCCGGCUUUAUGUACCUUUAAAAUUAAAUAAAUUCCGCACAUAAAUGAGCAAAACGGGCGUCGAAUUAUUGUGCUCCCAAUGUGGAAAGACAUACAGCAACGUGACAAACCUAAACAAACAUAUGCGGAUGAUUCAUUCUGGCAGGAAAAAAAAGGAGAAACCUGGAAAGUUUUACUGUGAGUUUUGCUGCAAAUGCUACCUCAGACUGUUCAAUUUGAAGAGGCACAUCCAGAGUUACCACUCAGCGACCAGUAAAGAGAGAAACUUUAAGUUUUUUUGUGCAUUGUGCCCCUGUCGGUUUCGCUACAAGACCAAUUAUAACCAACACCUGAAACAGAGACAUAAAAUUUUCAAUAAAUCAGCACGUAAAUCACAAAGGAACUUAUCGGAGCAUAAAUGUGCCAUAUGUGGCUUUAAGUCCACUAAAAAGACCCUUUUAGUUCACUUUGUGGAAAACCAUAACAUCAUACUGCAGGAAACAAAAUACUUUUUUGAUAGUCUCCAGGAGUUUAUUAGCUGGAAGAGCUCAUAUGAGUAUGACACCAAUUCUAAGUUUAUUAUGGAUUACUCUAAUUUGAGAGAAGGAUUUUUGUAUAGGUCUUAUAAGUGUUAUCAUCAUGAAAUUAGGGCCCAUGACCCUUAUAGCCAUAAGAAUCAAAAUGAAGAGCUGUAUUGUCCUGCUAAUAUUAAAUUAAAGAAGCCUAAUAAUAAGGCUUGCACUGUUGUGGUAUUAGAUACUCAUGUGGGCCAUAAGUUGAGGAAAAAAGAUUUGAAAGUGGAUAAGUUGAAUGAGGAGUCUUUGUUGACCAAAAUACCAUUUAAUGAUCUUUUUGACGAGGUGAGGAGUUCCAUUUCAGAAUCAAAUGUCCCCAUACUCACCGAACCUGUCCUAUACAAAAUCGAAACAAGUUUCAACUUAUUUACAAGCCUAAAAGACUCAAAUGAUGCCUUAGAACUUGACUUAUGGAUAAAAGACUUGCAAGACUUAAAUGUGGUAUUAUUUUAUAAAGCCGAAGGUUGCAUUUUCAAAGACUAUCCUGAGCUGAAAACAGAAGAAUUCGUUCUGGUACUAAUGACAGAUGCGCAGGCCCAAAUGUUACUUAAGUACGGCUCUGACGGGGUCUGCAUUGACCGAUAUCCGGGAGUUAUUAAAAGAAAACGAAUACAUCUGGUCACCAUACUGGUCGAAGACGAAAUCGGAGAGGUGUUGCCCUGUGGAUUUCUCAUUUCCAAUAAACUGAACAUCGACAUCUUAAAAAUCUUUUUUGCACACGUGAAACACCGCGUUGGAGCCCCCAUAGAACCGAACGUGUUUAUGGCGGAUACAGAACCUUGUUUCGCUAAGGCUUGGGUUUCUGCUAUGUUACCUGCAAGCAUGUUCUUAUUUAACCCGUGGUCUGUGGAUUUCGCAUGGAGGAGGAAUUUAAAGCUGAAAGUCAAAAGAAUUGAGAAACAGCUCGAAGUAUACCAACUACUUUGGACCUUAUGGGAGCAAACGGACCACAACAUAUUCGAAACCCAACUGCAAAACGUAUGCGAGUCCCUCAGCCAAGACCCGGAAACCGCGAAUUUCGCCCUUUAUUUCAAAACGCACUUUAUCUCCCACGGGGACAGUUGGGCCUACUGCCACAAAGGAUUAAACAACAAUUUAUGCUUCGAAAAGACCCAUAGGGCCCUAAAAUGCAUGCACCUGAUGGGCCAAAAAGUCGAAAGAUUCGACAAAUCCAUUGGGGCAAUCAUGAGGUUCAUAAGGAACAAAUACGUCGACCGUUUCGUUCUAUCGGACGCGGUGAAUUUAAUACAGAAAAUGCAGAAUAUUUGUUUAAAUCAUAAAAGCAGCCUGGAAAUCGAUUUGGAGUUUGUUAAUAAUAAUCCGGGUGGGGGAUGGAGCGUCUUAUCCAGUGACCAAACUAAACUUUAUUCGGUGCAGAAGGUUAAAGACGAUUGCGAUUGUCAGCUGAAGUGUUUUGAGUGCAAUAGUUGUUUGCACCAAUACAUUUGCUCUUGCAUUGAUUGCACUAUUAGCUAUAACAUGUGCAAACACAUUCAUUUGGUUUGUAGGCUACCGGAGAGUGCUACGGUUUCCAUACCGAUGCCCAUCAAUUAUUCUGUGGAAGUAACUUUCGCUGAUGAUUCGGAUGACGACACGAGCGAGUAUUGUAAUACGGAGUUUAUUGAAGAAGUCGAUUCGGCCGAAAAGACUUGUAAAGAAAUGCGGUCAAAUUGCAAUGCUGAGUCUUCGGAAGUUCUGGUGAUGGAAAAGCAUGUGGAGCCUUUGCUGGAGACCGCUAAGAAAUCUAAAAAUUUGACGGAAACCGUGAAAUGAAAUUUCGUAGGUUUUUGUCAACCCUACAACUUUGCUGUGGAACUUUUUGCUCUACCUCGUAUAGUUAAGGCGCUAUCUUAGCCGUACACCUUGUUGACACACCCUGUAUUUUAUUAAUUUUUAUUUGUAAUACCAAUUAGGAGCACAUGCAAAUAUCCGGUUAUCUAGGUGCAUAUUUCGAAAAUAUUGUAUGUCUAUGUUAUGCAUUAUAUUUAUGUAUGUAGAUAUAUGAAAUAAAUAAAUAAAUUUAAUGAAAA